GAGCUGUCAUAAAGUGAAAUGCCAUUUGUUUUGUUUUGAAAUUUAGUUAAAUAACCUACCAUCAACAUCCAGUGCGAACGCUUCUCAGUUACCUUUAAAUUAUAGAGAACCCCAUUCGAAAGCAACUCAAAUAUGUCGGACGCCGCAAACACAGACAAACUUGGUUCAAUGGAACAGGAAGCUAUCAAGCGCAAAGAACGUUUACAGGCGUUAAAACGAAAAGCCACUUCGGAUAAGGAUUCAGCGGACAGUGAAGCGAAAAAACCGAUAUUCCGAAGCUAUAAACCAGAAGACGAAACAAUACUGGAAAAUGCAAUCGUCCCAGCGACCGUCACCGAAAGCAUUGAAGACGAAGUGCAAGAUCAGUUGGACAUGUUGAAAACACCGAUCGUCAUCGAAGACAUUGAUAUUGUGAAUUUGGCUCCACGGAAACCGGAUUGGGAUCUGAAGCGUGAUGUGUCGAAGAAAUUGGAAAAAUUGGAGAAACAAACGCAACGGGCUAUCGCCGAACUGAUACGCGAACGGUUAAAGAAGAACCAGAGUAACAUGUUAGAAAUGGUGAAUAUGGCCACAGUCGAAAUGGAAAAGUAGUUAAAAUACAGACAAACGCAGAAAAAUCGAAA